AUGCAUCACAUAAUUGGAGUCGUAUGUUCUUGGCUUCCAUAUGGACGCCGUAAUGACCGAGAUAUUGAAUCAGCCGGGGUAAGAAGCCACAUUCUAACUGGAAUUGUUCAUGUUGAGCCAUCUGAUUUCCAUCACGAUCCCGAUGAAGAAACAUGGUCGCAAGCACCGGUGCAAAAUGUUGUAACUAUGUUGCAAAUUUUCUUGAUGGAAGUGCUUGACAGAGUUUGGGAGGACAUGGUAAUAGAGGAAGGGCAAGAGCAAAGGUUCCAGGCCAUUCAAACUCAAGCAAUUGAGGCACUUCCGGGGCCUCUGCAAUACUGCAAAGCUAGACUGGAAAUAUCGAGCUGCUGCAGCGAUCGGUGUGCCAUUUGCCUAGAAGAUUUCGUGGAUGGCGAAUCUUGUCGUGUUUUCGAGUGCAAGCACAUCUUUCAUGCUAAUUGCAUUGAUAAUUGGUUAAAGAAUGGUCUAACGUGCCCGAUUUGUAGAAACUCUCUUGUGAAGAUAAAGUGA